GUGAACUCCCCGACUCCCCCCACUGCAAACUCUUCGGUCUCCUCGUCAUCUACGGAGGUGGCGGCAGGCGAUGAGGAUUCAUCCAGACGCAAGAGUAUGAAUGGUGAUGACGGAGACGACGAUGAUGCUAGCAAGAUGCAACUCCUCAAGAAAAUUAAUAUUGUGGGAGAACCCCAACAGUUGAAAAAUGACCCGGACGAGGUUGAGGGUGAUAAUUGUGGCGACAAAUCUAACAAAGUAAAAAAGGGCGCAGCGAGGAAGAAAGGAGAGAAACGGCAAAGGGAGCCUCGCUUCGCGUUCAUGACGAAAAGUGAGGUUGAUCAUCUUGAAGAUGGUUAUAGAUGGAGGAAGUACGGCCAGAAGGCUGUCAAGAACAGCCCUUAUCCUAGGAGCUAUUAUCGGUGCACAACGCAGAAGUGCACAGUGAAGAAAAGGGUGGAGAGAUCGUAUCAAGACCCGAGCAUCGUGAUCACAACCUACGAAGGACAACACACCCAUCAAAGCCCUGCAACAGUUCGAGGGAGCUCUCAUCUCUUGGCUCCUCCGCCAUUAUCAUCCAUGCACCCAAGCUUUCAUCAAGAACAUCAUCAUCUCUUGAUGCCUCAUCUCCAUCCCCAACUAAUUAAUAUCAACAACAACAACAGCAACAAUUACCUGCAGAAUCUUAUACAAUCAAUAUCUCCUUUUCAGCAGCAACAACAGCAUCUUGGCCAACUCCCUGAUCAUCACUACGGUCUUCUGCAAGAUAUUGUUCCAUCUACUUUCAACGAUGACAACCAGUUACCAUGAUCGGUCGAUCUACUGUUUAUUUUUCAAUGUGAACUUAAUCGACUUUGUGGCUAGCUACAUCUAUUUAUUUAUGUACAUAUGCAUGUGUGCACUUGAUGCGGCCGGUAUAUAUAGCAUAGAAGGAGAGCUAGUGUUUUUUCCCCCACUUUUUUUCUCUCCUGACUUUAAUCAUUAAU